CGGGAAGUGACGAUGAGGGUUACUCGGGGUCACCAUCGCCCUGCGCGAUGGGCUGUGGAGCUCGGGGUGUUCGGCGAGCCGGUGACUACGCAGCGACUCCGGUCGCAGCAGCCGCACUGACACUCUGCGGGGAAGGCCGGUGAGAGGCCGUGGGCCCCGGUGGUGGAGAAGGCAGGCCAUCCUCCGAGGUCCGCAGCGGGCGGCGAGAGGAGAUCGACCAGUGGCUCCACACCCUUACCUCCAUCCCUGGCUGCCCCUUCCCCUUCUCAGCUCACUAGCCCUUGCAGCACCACCCCCUCCCCACCCAUCGCCUGGGCAUUCAUAUACGCACGCUCCAUACCCACAAACACGCAGUCUUGUACAUUCAUGCACCCUGCUCCAACACACAAAACACACUUGUACUCCCUCCCCUAACACGCACACAUCCCCAAAUCUGUGGCGCCUUCCAGCACUCAACAGCGAGAGUGAUCGUCCUAUCAAUAGGGUCGGAGAACUAAAGACACGGUUCGGGGUGAAGACCGAACUUGGGAUAGUGGCCGAUUGAAGAGUUGAUCGGUUUCUUGGUGAAAGAAACAUGGAUCCCUUAGGAGCCCGUUCUCCCAUUGUUGACAUUCAGAAUCUCUCUCGCUGGGCCAACAGUUUAGAUAAACUUGACAGUGAAUCGGAUGGACUCAGUAGUGAAGUACGAGAAGACUGUUCCAUCCCUUCUCCUUUCCCUUACAGGAAAGAUAUCAAUAACAAAGUAAUUCUUUGGAAAGGCGAUGUAGUCUUGCUGAGGUGCACAGCCAUUGUGAACACCACUAAUGAAUCCCUAUUUGACAAGAAUCCUAUAAGUGAAAGUAUCCACCUGCAAGCAGGACCUGAACUCAGGGACGAGUUACAGAAAUUGAAAGGUUGCCGCACAGGGGAGGCGAAAAUGACAAAAGGGUUUAAUUUGGCUGCGAGGUUUAUUAUCCAUACUGUAGGGCCGCGAUAUAAUGCUAAGUACAGAACAGCUGCUGAAAGUUCCUUGUACAGCUGCUAUAGGAGUGUACUUCUGUUAGCCAGGGAGCAUUCAAUGACUUCAUUGGGAUUAUCUGUCAUCAAUACACCAAAAAGGGGCUACCCUUUGGAGGAUGCUACCAACAUAGCUCUGAGGACAGUUAGACGAUUUUUGGAGAAACAUGGAGACACCAUUGAGACAGUUGUCUUUGCAGUUACAGAUCUGGAAGAGGUUACAUAUUUGAAAUUGAUGCCUCUGUAUUUUCCACGAUCUUUGGAGGAAGAAAGAAGGUGUUUGCCAAUUCUUCCUGCUGAUGUAGGAAAUGCUGAAGGAGAGCCAGUCAUUGCAGAACGCCAGAUUCGAAUACUGGACAAACCAGGGAUUCUGCAUUCUGACUCUGAAUCUGAUGAGGAACAUCUUGAGCUAGAGGACAUUGGGACACAUGCAUUUGCUAAGAUGGAAGGAGAUAUAGAUAAGCAGAGACGGCUGAUUCUCCAAGGGCAGAUGUCAGAUGCAGCUGUUCAAAAAGCACAUCAGAGGAACUAUAACCGUUGGCUGUGUAGAGCUAGAGCAGCUGAUCUCUCUGAUGUUGCUUCAUUAAAAGCUUUAUACCAGACAGGAUAUGAUAAAAGUGGCCAUAUUGUUGUGGUGAUAGUUGGAAGAAAUAUUCCUGUAACACUAAUAGACCCUGAUAAGGCUCUCCUUUAUUUUAUUCACAUUAUGGACCACAUUGCUGUAAGGGAGUUUGUCAUGGUGUACUUUCAUACUCUAACCAGCGACCACAAUCAUCCUGACUCAGAGUUCCUCAAGAAGCUAUACGACAUAGUUGAUGUAAAAUACAAAAGAAAUAUGAAGGCAUUUUACUUUGUACAUCCAACAUUUCGGUCAAAGAUGAUGACCUGGAUGUUCACAACAUUUUCUGUUUCGGGAUUAAAGGACAAAGUGCAUUAUGUUGAGACCCUCCCUCAGUUGUUUACACUUAUUUCUCCGGAGCAGAUUGACAUUCCUCCUUUUGUGCUGGAAUAUGAUGCUAGGGUUAAUGGACCUUACCAGUAUUCAUGCCCUUCCUCUCCAGACCUCUGAAGAACUAGCAUGUGUUUCUAUGUAAAACUGCAAAUGAGAAAUAAUGUUCUGAAUGAAUAUAUGUUUAUAGUAAAGAAAUUUUAUUUCCUCAGAUUUUUUAAAAUGUUCUGGAACAGCAAUCAAAUAAUUGUAUUUGUCACAAAUUGCAAAGGGACAGCAACAUUUAUUUUUAAGAUUCAAGCUUUUACAGUAUGUUUCUAGUUUAAUUUAAAAUUGAUUUUAAGGUCAUUCAUUUCAAAUCCUAAUAGUUCCUGGAUAACUGGUUAUUAAUAUACUGCCUAAGGCUAUAAUUAACUUCGAUUCAAAAUGGAGGAAAUUGCUGAAGGUGGAAUAGGGGAGGAUUAACUUUAAGGUUUCCUCCUAACAAUACUUAGUGAUGGAAUAUAAACUGUUUCAGAUCCUGACAUCAGAAAUUGAAGAGCAACAGUCACUUCUGGUAUUACUACAUUUAUCUUUGAGUACAGCCUAUAAUAUUUUCACAGUUCAUUUGGGAUGUGUUUUAAUAGAUUUGUUUUUAACAAUGGUACAUGUGUGCUAAUAUUUGUUGUUAAGUGGUGUUACUAAAUGAACAUCAGCAUUUCUCCAGCAAUUCAGAUUCAGUGCACUAAAGCAAACCUGCACAUUCUACUCUUAAUGGGUGACCAGUUUUACAUGAGUUUUGCAAUUGAUUUAUCUUAUUCCAAAUGCAUUUAUUAAAGUUUAGGAAAUUUAUUUUUACUUUAGGUAAUGAUGACACAAGGUAUCCAUCAAAGGGUAUUUUAUUUAGAGAUACAGCAUGGCAACAGGCCCAUACUGCCCAAUUUUUACAUUUUUUAUUCAGAGAUGCAGCACAGAAUAGGCCCUUCCGCCCUUCAAGCUGCACUGCCCAGCAACUCCAGACAACCCCAAUUUAACCCUAACCUAAUCACAGGACAAUUUACAAUGACCAAUUAACCCACCUGGUACUUCUUUGGAGUGUGGGAGGAAGCCGGAGCACCUGGAGAAAACCCAUACAUUCCAUGGGGAGGACGUACAGAUACUCCUGAACUCCAUACUCCAAUGCCCCGACCUGUAAUGCGUUGUGCUAACUGCUGCGUGAUUACACCUUUGGGCAUCGGACUUUGAAGUCCAAAAAUCUUUUAAAUAUUGUAAAUCUUCUCUGGCUUCUCACUGCAGAUACUCUCCACCCUUUGUAUGCUGAAACUUACCACCAAGUUCUCCUUUAAACUUCUCCCCCUCUUCUGUUCAGCCUGCGCUGUCCACUUCUAUAUUCUCCUGCCUUGGGGGGAAAAAUAUUCAGAUGAAUUCACACUGCCUUUGGAUAUUUUUUCUUGACCAAACUCUGAUUAAAAUAUGAUCAACAGUUACCUCAGUUAAUGUGCUUAAUUUUUGUGUUAUGUAUCUCUAUGACAAGUUAGUUUACACAAGUUCCAGCUGAUAAUUACAAAUUUCAGUGCCACUUUUUGGGGGUGUUACUACCUACAGAGAAUGCUGCACAAGAUUAAUUGUGAAUUACUUUAUACUAUCAGUCAGAUAGGACUCUAGAUGUCAUGCUGGUACAAAUGUUAUUUUAUAUGAAAUUGGAGCUAUCUUGUGCCAUAUUUCAUAUUUUAGGUUUGAUAAAAUUAUUAAAAUUCAAAAGUAAUCUUGAACAUUUUAGGUUUUAUUCUAUUUUUUUCUCAAGUGCAAAAUCUAUUCUCUGCAUUUGUUUUUGUUUAUACCACAACUACAGUUGCAAUUGUGAAGUUAUUGCACCUUCAUCAAUUAGGAGCUUUUUACUGCCUCUUGAUUUGCUUGUAAGUUGAAUACUUAAACUUGGACAUUUAUUGUAAUAUUUUCAUAUUUUGGCCCUUCAAAUCUAUGCCAGAGCAAUUCUAUCAAUAGCAUUCUAUUACUAUUUCUUUGCAACUUUUUUUCACACAGCACCCUGAUUCUCCUUGCAUCAAGGAGCAUUUAACGUAGGCAAUUAAUUUAAUAACCAUCAAGCCCUUUGGAUGUGAGGGGAAAUUGGGACACUUGAAGGAAAUCCCCAGUCUGACACAGAGAGUGUACAAAUUCCAUACAGACAGCACCAGAGGUCUCUUUGCAUCCUAGAUUGCUAGGCUGUAACAUUCUGGUACUACAUGCAGUACCAUUGUGUCAUUCUUAAUUCUGUUAGUUUUUUUAAUGUACAUUAUUUGAACUUCAAACAUAAAUUAGAUUUGUUUGGAUAUGUCAUUUUAGUGAAAUUGAGGGACCUUUUUCUUGAAUCUAAUAGUGGCUAAUUCUCCUUUGGUGAUAAAUUAUAUAUUUACACUUUGAGCUUAUGACUUAUUUCAUUCAUGGGAGAGCCACUAAUAUUUCAGAAACCAAUCUGGCAAAAUAGUCAGUGGUUUUGCAUAAUGGUAAAUAUUAGCUUUUCUGCUGAGUGAGCUUUUCCCUGCCUCCCUGGUGAAAAACCAAAGCAAUGGAUUUAUUAUCAGAGUACUAGGAUUUGACUCUUCAUGAAUUUGAUGCCAACAUCUCAGAAGUUGUGCUGUUUGACUAAAACCUUGUAUAAGCCUGUAAAAUGGUGUAUAUAUCUUUCUUUUGAGUUUUUAUGUAAUAUGAGCAAGAUUCUUGAAGUCUUUUUUCCAACAGUUGAGGAGAUUCAGGGUGCCUGAUUUAGUUUUCUCAAUUAGAAAAAAAUUCUUUCCCUAGUUGGAUUUUUGAGGUAUAAGUUUUUAUUAGGAUGGAAAAUCCAAAAGGUUUAUCAGCUCCUUGCUACAUAACCUCAUCAACAAAAAAAAAUGCUAUAUUUCAUUCUUCCUUGAAUCUGUUGUUACCAAUCCUCAUUCUAAUUAAUUGUCCCUUGUACUUCUUGCCUAUAUACAUACGUCAAAUAUUUCUCUUGCCUUACUAAGAAUAACCAAAACUUUAAGAUAGUAAGAACUUUGAUUUCUGAGAGUUUCCCAUGUCAUAAAAUGUUGCCAUGUAAUAACAGCUCUUUUGUGGGAAGAAGAAAUUAGAAACUCCAGUGGUAAUGGUAAUAUAGGGGAGGUGAUAUCAGAUUUUACAAUGACACAAUGAAUUUGGUGGUAUCACUGAAAUAUUCUUUCUCACUUAGGGACUUUAAAUGCUAUGCAAAUAAAGUUGUGGCAAGCCAUCAAUAACAUGCAGCUUAAAAUAAAGCAGGGAACUCUUUGUUUAAACUGCAAUUUUCUGACAUAAAAAUAGCUUAAGUUAACUUAAAACUGAAAUGAAACAGCAAGAAUCUCAAUGUUCACAAUCAGGAAAAUUAUGCAAGAAAAAGGCAGUUUAAAUUUUAUAUCUAUUCAAAUAGAAAAUUCUUUAUUAGUCUUAACAGAAUUUAAAUGUUAGAUUUUUAGUAUUGUUUUACACUGCUGGCUGUUCUCUUCAUGCUCUCAGCAAAGCCAGGUCUGAUUCCAUUGCGCCAUCGAUUGUAUUUGGAAGAAUCAGGCUCCCUUCAUCUUUUUCAGUGGGAGCCAGAUACUAUGAUGUACAGCAAUAUAAAAAUUAUCUGACUGGACGCAGACAACAUUGAACCUGUAAACCUAACGUGCAUGUGAAUGAGAUUGUAGCCAGGUUAUUUAUUUCAACAAGUUAUCUUUUAUUAUUGUAGCUUAUCUUUACACUAAUCCAGCUCAUGGCUGUUCACAUGUUUAUGUGUACAUUGUGUUGAUUCUAUUAGCACUUUAAUAGAAUCACUUUAAUAGUUUAAACUGAUUUCACUUUAUUUGUAUAUAUUUUUUUCAUUUGGGUAUAAACCCCGUGAGAUUACUAUUGAAAUCUGUAAGAACUGCCAGAUUUAUGGCUUGGAAAUUUUAUUUUGUGUUAAUAAAAUUAUCAAUCAAAUAAAACCUUGAAUACUUUAA